UCGAAUAUGAAUUAUUCACUCCUUACAUCCUGGAAUACACUCUGCGUACACCAAAGAGGCUUCAAGUCGUGCUAGGGGGGAGAGAAAACAAUGCCUAAAAGUAACGCUAUUCCAAUUGCAAAACAGCUGUCUUCUAUAAAAGCUCUUGGUAAAGGCUCCGACCUCGAGAAAGCCAUAGCCACCACAAUCCUUGUAUAUAAUACGUACGCAGAAGCAGAUGGUAAAAUAGGAAAAGGUGAAGCUAAGGACUUGCUCCAAACACAGUUCCAGAACUUCUCACAGGGACAGGAAACGAAGCCCAAAUACAAAGAGUUAAUAGCUGAUCUUGAACAAGACAAAGAUGGGAAAAUGGACUUUGAAGAUUUCAUGGUCCUUCUGCUGAGCGUGUCCCUGAUGUCCGACCUCUUCCGGGAAAUCCGACAAGUGAAGAAUUCCAAAUAAAUACACAGAAGACUCAUAAUAAACUUGUUUUUUUUAUGGAA